AUGAAAGCAGCUGUACUCACUGAACGCAAACCCGAACUCGAAAUUCAGCAAGUGGCAUCCCCAGUUGCCGCGCCUGGAUCUGUAGUAGUAAAGGUCUUGGCUACUCGUAUCGUGCAUUACUUUGAGGAGAUCUUUUCAGCCGUGCGACCCUAUCCAUUGCAAUUACCCCUCAUUCCUGGUUGUGGAGGUGUAGGUAUCAUUGAAGAAGUUGGUCCUGAUUGUACCAACCUCAAGAUAGGCGAUUUCGUCUACUGUGAUGGAACCAUUACUGCGAGAGAUGAUCCAAAUAGCCCUCAGCAAAUCUUGCAAGGCCUGCAUUGUCCUGAUGAAAACCUAACUGUCAUUCCGAAAAGCCUUGGUAGAGAUGCCGCCAAGUUCACCUGCAUUAACCUAUUACUUGUACCUUAUGGUGGUCUACUCUCUGGAAACUUCCAAGCCGGUCAAACCAUUAUGAUCUUAGGAGGUACUGGAUAUUUUGGUUUAGGCGGUGUUGCAGUCGCUGUUGCUAUGGGAGCAAGGAAAGUCAUUGUCCCAACCCGCAGUGCUGAGAAGAUGAAGAUGUUACAAGAUCACUUUGGCGACAGAGUGGUGCCGGUCAUGACAUCAGGCGAUGAGGUAAAAGACGCCGCCGCAUUUAAGGCAGCCGCUGGAGAAGGUGCUAUCGAUCAUGUGUUUGAUUUAUUGGAUCCAAAGGCGUCGCUGUCAAUUUUGCGAUCCUCGCUCGCUGCACUUCGUCCCAAUGGAACUAUAAUCCUUAUGAGUGGAAGUCAAAGCAACAUAGAGCUACCCUACUACCCUAUUAUGUUGAAUAAUAUCAAUAUCAAGGGUUGCUUCAUGUAUCCACGAACGGCCGUCAAAAAGUUGAUAGGCAUGCUUGAUGCUGGACUGAUCAACACACACUUUAUCAAAAUUGACGCCACGUUUACACUUGACCGCGUGAAUGACGCUGUUAAGCACGCGAAGCAAAACAGUGGCGCAUUUAAAACCACUGUACUUACUCCUAACGGCAUUGCGAAGUAG